CCCGUCCCCUGCACCUCCCGGCAGGUGGGUCUGACGGCUCCCGGCUCUAUGACUGCGUGUGGAGGUACAAUUCCAGCGUGAACGAGUGGACCGAGGUGGCGCCCAUGCUGAAGGCCCGCGAGUACCACAGCUCCUCCGUGCUGGACGGGCUGCUGUACGUGGUGGCCGCAGACAGCACGGAGCGCUAUGACCACACCACGGACUCCUGGGAGGCCCUGCAGCCCAUGACCUACCCCAUGGACAACUGCUCCACCACCGCCUGCCGUGGCCGCCUCUAUGCCAUUGGCUCCCUGGCCGGCAAGGAGACCAUGGUGAUGCAGUGUUACCAUCCGGACACGGACCUGUGGUCGCUGGUGGACUGUGGCCAGCUCCCACCCUGGUCCUUCGCCCCCAAGACCGUGACUCUGAAUGGACUUAUGUACUUCAUCAGGGACGAUUCUGCGGAGGUGGACGUGUAUAACCCCACAAAGAACGAAUGGGACAAGAUCCCAUCUAUGAAUCAGGUGCACGUGGGGGGAAGCCUGGCCGUCCUCGGAGGGAAGCUCUACGUCUCCGGUGGUUACGACAAUACGUUUGAACUGUCUGAUGUGGUAGAGGCCUAUGACCCAGAGACUCGGGCCUGGAGUGUCGUGGGACGGCUCCCAGAGCCUACCUUCUGGCAUGGCAGCGUCAGCAUCUUCCGCCAGUUCAUGCCCCAGAUGCCCUCGGGUGGGCGAGGCUUUGAACUGGACGGUGGCAGCAGUGACAUGGAUGUGGCACGGCCGCGGCUGCCGCAGAACCCCGAUGAACUGCACUAGCCCCGGCCCGGCCCGGGGAGGGCCUCGGUGCAGGUGACAAGGCACGUCUGCUGGGGGCGGUGAGCCCCUCCUUCGUGCAGGAGGAUAGGUUGGGCUCAGCAGGUGGAGCCUGGGCUCGGGCUGCUGAGUGAGCCUCAGGAUCUGAACCCUGGAGAGUUUCUGUGCAUGUAGAGCCUGACUCCCAGCUGCUGGGACCACAGCCCGUCGCAGACGCCCCUCCCUCUGCCUCCCUGCCAGCACAGGUCUCUGGCUCCAGCAGGUGACCUCUCCUGCUGCCACUGCCUACACCUCCUUGCUCCCACCUGAGAGAGGAGGGCCACUUGUGGGGUACAAGUCCUCCCCUGAGAAUCUGGGAGUGGUCCAGGUCUGCCUCCCCAGGCCUGUGUGCUCUGCUGGUCUGGGGCGUCGGGAACCAGGCCGGCGAUGGCUGCAGUGGGGUCCCGAACUCCAUGUCCAGGGCCGGACGUCCCAGUGAGCCAGCUCCCUGGACGGAGGGGAUCUGCCUGCCUGGCUCCUCCCCGGCGCUGGGUGUCCCACCGAAACACCCCUCACAGGGGUGGGUGAUCCCAGUGGUGCAGGCCAGUGGGAGCGGACAGGAGUGCGGGCUUGAAGGCAGCCCCGAGGGACGUGCUGAGUAAAUCCUAGCUCCAGUGAACCUGGGCUGUGGCAAACACUGGGUGUCCCCAUCCGCCCACCCCUCCAGCUGCCAUGUUGCCACCUGACCUGGAGACCUCUCUGGGACCGUCCUCCCUGGGGGAUGCAGGAGAGGCGAAAGCCUGCAGGUGCCAGUGUGUAGUUUCUCACUGGGAGGCCCAGGAGUUUGGCAUGGACGCCCCACCAGGCAGGUGGCUGUAGGUGCCCUCGCCCUCCCAUGGCAGUGAAGAAUCCUGCUGCUUCCAAAGGAAGCCCCAGGCAGGGCAGCCUCCAUGGUUGGCUGCAAGGUUUGAAAUGCAGUUUGGCCCCUCCUUAGAAGAAGGGGGAGGUGGGGAGGGAGUCAGCGAGAAGCAGAGUCCAGAUUGAGUCUUUAAUGUCUUCCCCCGCCGUUUCUGGAGGGCAGGGUGAUGCUGCCCGCUCCUCCAAAGCCUGGGGCUUCUCCAGGAGGGGGUGGCAGGAGGAGCUCCCGGGAAACCACAGCUCAGGGGUCCCUGGUUUUCUCUGGGGAGUGAGUGGCCUUGUCUGCUCAAGGUCCCCAAGUAACCUUUGGUUGGAUUUGUUUCGCUUCCAAAGAGGAAGAUGUUUGCAUUUCCCUCAUUAGAAACCUGGAAAGCAAGUGUUCGUUGAGUUGCCUUUCCCAGUGAACUAAGUUGGAGAUGCGUUCUUGCCAGGAGAAGAGAAAUGUUCUAGCACUAUCCCUUCACAAGCAGCACUGAAACACUUUUAUUGGCUGGAGGGUGUGGGUGGUUCUGGGUGGGAAGGAAGUCUUAUGGCCUAAAGAGCUGUAGCUGGGAUCCCCCCUCAUGCCCUGGUGCAGCGUCCUCGCUGUCAGGUUAGACUUCUUGCUCCGGAAACCCCGGCUGGAAUGGCUCCGGCUCAAGCUAGCCCCUCCCGUCCCCUCAGUCGUCACCCACAUGGUCACCUCCGCACACCCACUGUGCCCAGCACUCUGGGAAGGCGGGGUGGUGGGCCUGCCUGGGACUCCCCCGCCGGGCAGGCCUGGCUGUGGGAUCCCUUGGGCCUGGGCUUCUUCACGCCCCAGGUGUUGCCUUCACCCCUCCUGGUAGGAGUGUUGUCCUCCCCCAAGCAGUGGUCUGACUGCACGCUCCCUGGGUUGGGGAUGCAUCUCUCUGGCUCCAGUGCCUUCCCAGCAGGCUGACCCCGAGGGGUCGUCCGUGCUCUGUGAAGGCAGAGGCUGCUCAGGCAGGAUGGCUCGUCUCCUGGCAGGGGGAGGGCAGGGCUGCGCUCCUCAGGACUGACGGAGCCCUGUGCCAGCCACUGUGGCCUGCCCACUCGGUGUGGGGACAUGUCACACAGGUAGAUGUGGUGACUGCUGACCAGUCAUCCGCAGGGUGCCCUCCCAGAGGAAUAACGUAGGCCUGGACCUCGUGGGCUGUCUCUGCGAAGGCCAGGUGGGGAGUGCAGGGUGAACACGUGCUAUGGUUGCUGGAGCUCUCCCAGCCGCCCUCCAGUGGGGCUGGGCUCUGCCAAGGUCAAGGAUUUCCCAUAGUGACUUACAGGGGGAGGUGUCCUGUAACGCUUUUUUGUUGGGAACAGGGCACUGCAGACACCUUGUUUUUCUUACAAAACCAGCCUUUGUCGACUGCACAGCAGGCGUGAUCAGUGCUGAGGGCUGGUGCCCGCUCAGGCCUUUGUGUGGCCCCCCUGCAGCUCCCUCGUGGCAGGGGCCCCACGUCCUGGUUCCUCUUCUUUUUGGUACUUCGCCAGGACUCACUACCACGGGACUGGCCGCCUCCGCGUCUGGCGGCUGCUCGGAGGGGGGCUGGCGUGUGCACCAGUGAAGUGCUCCGCACUCACUCCAGAAUUCUGCAGGUCCUCUCCACCCAGACCCCAUCUUCGGUUUGGAACGCCAGGGGUGGGAAAGGGAGGCGGCAGCUUCCUGCAGACCCCAGCUGGGGGUCCGGGGUGGCCCUCCCGCGCCCUCCCUGUUCCUUCUGGCAGGGGCUCUGGGCUGUGAAGCCCCCACCACUUAGGGAUGUCUGCACACUGACGGGUCAGAGAUGGGCCAGCUGGGGUGGGGCUGUCCGGGAGUUGGAUGUACAGAACUUUCAGUCUAUGAGACAAAUUAAGUUAUGAAAAUUCAGUGACCUGUAUUUAAUGCUGAUUUGCUACAAAGUAUUCUAUAUUUAUAUGAUUUCAGAGACUCUUAUGUACUAAAGGACACACCCCUUUCAGUGUCCAACAUCUAGUUCCAACCCCAGAGGGUGGGGCAGAUUUGCCUAUUUAUUUGUUCUAUAGGCUUCGGUGUCUGGAAUCUUCUUUAAGAUUUUGGGAUGCCUUCAAUAUAUACUUUGAAAUAAAACUAUUUCCUAUACA